AUGGCGGACAACACUAACCCCGGAAACUUUGCCAACCGCCCCAAGGAGGAAGUGCAAUCGAUUGCAUCCAAGGGUGGACAGGCGAGUCACCAGGGCGGCUUUGCUUCCAUGGAUCCUGACAAGCAGCGCGAAAUUGCGUCCAAGGGCGGCCAGACCUCUGGAGGAUCUUUUGAGCCCGGAAGCAAGAAAGCUCAAGAGGCGGGCCGCAAGGGUGGUUUGCAGUAA